AUUAUCCCAAAAUUCACAAGCCACUACAAAGUGAUCUAAUCAAACAACAUAUUAGAAUGAGGUUGUGUAUGUGCUUAUGGGUGCUAGCAUUUUGCAUUUUGGCCUCUGAUCUCGGGGCCUUGGCUGAUGUUAGUUCACUCAUUAGCAAAGACCUAUUUGAGCAGAUAUUAAAGCAUCGUAAUGAUGCUGCUUGCCAAGCCAAAGGUUUCUACACUUAUGAAGCUUUCGUUAAUGCUGCCAACUCCUUUGGCGCCUUUGCAACCACCGGUGAUACCAACACUCGUAAAAGAGAAAUUGCUGCUUUCUUGGCUCAAACUUCUCAUGAAACUACAGGUGGGUGGGCUACUGCACCAGAUGGACCAUAUGCAUGGGGAUAUUGCUUCAAGCAGGAACAAGGCAGCCCUCCUGAUUAUUGUGUUGCAAAUCAACAAUGGCCAUGUGCACCCGGUAAAAAAUAUUAUGGCCGGGGUCCCAUCCAAAUUUCAUACAACUACAACUACGGUCCAGCAGGAAAAGCCAUAAACUUUGACUUGCUAAACAAUCCAGAUGCAGUGGCAAAUGACGCUACUAUUUCAUUCAAGACUGCUUUCUGGUUCUGGAUGACUCCACAGUCACCCAAACCUUCAUGUCACGCUGUCAUCACCGGCCAAUGGCAACCAUCCACCACUGAUACUCAAGCGGGUCGGGUCCCCGGUUAUGGGGUCACCACUAACAUCAUUAACGGUGGCAUAGAAUGCGGCAAAGGUUCCAACGCACAAAUGGAGAAUCGGAUCGGAUUCUACAAGAGAUACUGUCAAAUUCUGGGAGUUGACCCUGGCAGUAACUUGGACUGCAAUAAUCAGAGGCCUUUCAAUGCUUAGUCUAAACCAAAAUGAAUCAAUAAUGUUAUAUGUUGAUCAAAUAAAACAUCAAUAAAGUUAUGUUGAAUUAUAAUAUUAA